AUGCAUCGAAUUUUACCAAAAAUCAAAGUAGGUGCCAAGGUUUCUGUCUUAGGCCCUGAAGUGGUUGAAAACAUUGCACGUUCACUUUCGGGUGAAUUAUGGAAUAUCAAACGGCUAUUAGCAACUAUUGUACAAGCAGCACCAGGCAAAAAUUGUUGGGUAAUUUCUCUCGAUUUGCAACCAGAAAUACAAAUUGAAGUUGCUGCAGGUCAUAUGAAGUUUGAGAGUUUUUCUCCAA